AUGCUAGUGGUCUUGUUGGGAGCUACCCUCUUCGCCUCUGGGUUCAGUUACGAAUGUGAUGUUACAAACUUCCCAGAAUCACAACGAGACCUUGGACGUCGUGUAUGCAGGCUUGAGAAUGAAGUGGGUAUGUUGGAAGCGGCAGUCGGGGAAAUGCUUCAAAGAACAGUCCCUGCAAUGAAUAGCGACGAUGAGCCGAAUAUCGAGAAGAGGAAGAACGAAUUUAUCCGCUUUGGAAAGCGUAGCUUAAGCGAUGUGAAAAGGAAGAACGAAUUCAUCAGAUUUGGCAAGAGAAAGAAUGAAUUUAUACGGUUCGGUCGGUCUGAUCCAUUCUUCGCCGACGAUGCCACAGUCGAAAAACGCAAGAACGAGUUCAUCCGCUUCGGUUAG